AUGUCGCUCCCUCAAGACCUCAACAUGGACGAGCUCCCGUCGCAGCCGUACGCCUCGCCGCGCCUCCUCAAGUGGUUCUACUGCACCAACCGCGUGUCGUCGUCCCUGUUCCUCCUCCCCGUGUGGGCCGUCAAGUACGCCGUCAAGAAGCGCCCGCGCCCGUCGUGGUCGCUCGCCGAGACGCUCCUCGUCGACUUUACGCGCCGCGUGAGCGCCAUCACCGACCAGGCCGGCGUCCAGCACGCGACGCGCGACCCGACGGCCGAGCCUCGCAUCGACGACCUCAAGGAGACCCGGUUCGAGUGGGUCCCGGGCGUGUCGGGCGACCUCCUGAGCGGCGUCCUCGUCGACGAGCAGGUCAAGCCGCUCGAGCGUGUCGGCACGUUCGUGUGGGAGCGCGCCGAGGACGUGCGCGAGGACUACGCCAUGCUCAACGCCAAGGACGCCGAGCUUGCCGCCGAGGACGACGACGCCGAGCAGGAGGGCGGGUCGGCGUUCGGCUCGCGCUUCAGCCUCGCGGCCCAGGGCGACAAGGGCGACCUCGUCGGCAUCUACUUUCACGGCGGCGGCUACACGCACUUUUCGGCGCACGAGUCGGCCCAGACGAGCACGAUCCCGAGGCGGCUCAUGCAGUACGACUACUUCUCGGCCAUCCACUCCGUCGAGUACCGCCUCCUGCCCGACUCGCCCUUCCCUGCCGCCCUGCAGGACGGCCUGUCGGUGUACGCGCACCUGGUCAAGGCGGGCGUCCCGGCGCACAAGAUCGUCCUCAUCGGCGACUCGGCCGGCGGCAACAUCGUGCUCGCGCUCGCGCGCUUCAUCCGCGACUGCGGCGCGUCGCGGCUCGCGGCGCCGGGUGCGCUCCUCCUCCUGUCGCCGUGGUGCGACCCGUCGCGGUGCUUCAAGGACUCGCUGUCGUCGUACGCGCCGCGGCCCAACCCGGAGGACUACCUGUCGGACGAGCCGACUGCGCGCCGGCUCCUCGUCUCGAGCCUGCUCGGCGCCAAGCCCCACUCGGAGCUGUCGUCGCCCUACAUCUCGCCCGCGUCGCAGCUCGGCCCGCAAGGGUCGUUCGACCAGUUCCCGCCGACGUUUGUCCACUACGGCGACGCCGAGCGCCUCGAGGACGAGAUCGACUCGCUCGUCGACGGCCUGCGGCGCGACCAGGUGCCGCUCCUCGACGUCGAAAAGACGCCCGACGCCGUGCACGACGUCCUCAUGGUGCGCUUCUGGAACGAGGACGUGCGCGCCACCAUCUACAGCCGCGUCUGCGGCUGGCUCGACCGCGUCGUCGCGAGGGGCAAGCUCAUCGACCGCGGCGUCGCGCACGACGAGGCGAGCCGCCAGGUCGCGAGCGCGAGGAGGUGCAGCCGCGGCGGCGACAUCUACCACGACGACGAGCCCGGCGCAGAGCAGGGAGCGGUCGCGGGUCCGAGCGGCGAGCCGUCGUCGUCGUCGUCGAGGGCAGCGCGAAAGGCCGACGACGGCGAGGGGCGUUCGAUCCCCAAAGCUGUUGUCAAGGAGGCCGUCCUCGACCAGAUCGACGAGAUCCGCGACCUGAAAAAGAAGGGCCACUAG